UUACUUUGGCUGCAGAGAAGGGAACUUUAGAGCUGGUGGCUUCUCGUGCCCGCGCUGUGAUAACAGGGCACGUUUCCAAAUGGAACCCAACACGUUUGACCUUUACAGAACCUGUGUGCGAGGAUGAAAACGCUGCAUCAUCAGUAAAUAGCUCAAAUAGCUUUGGAGAAAUAGAAGUUUGGGCAGUGCGCCGCUCAGAGUGGAAGCAGCGCUCCCUCGUAUCGGGACUCUCCGUUUACAUUAUUCAUACGGAGGAGGGUGUGACUUGUUGGCUGUUUUUCCGCCUAUAUAAAACGAGAAGUUCGCGUAAAAGAAAAUACAGAUGGAGAAAGCUAACCGGCUCGCUGUGUCACAGAGAGUCCCCUUAAGCCUGCGCGACAGCUCACAUACUGUCCCUUUGUGAGCAGCUUAAUAGGCAGAAUGCCCGCUCUCUGUGCGCUUUGUCUGCUCGCCGCGCUGGCCGCGCUCGCCCGGCUCGCCGGCACCGUGGGGCCGGUGGUCCGAUGCGAGCCGUGCGACGCCGGGGCGCUGCUGCAGUGCAAGCCUCUGCCGAAGGACUGCGCGGAGCGGGUGCGGGAGCCCGGCUGCGGAUGCUGCAUGACGUGCGCCCUGGGCGAGGGGCAGCCGUGCGGAGUGUACACGGCGCGCUGCGGCUCCGGCUUGAGCUGCCAGAACCGGCCGGGGGAGAGCAGACCCCUGCAGGCGCUGCUGGAGGGCCGGGGAGCGUGCGCCAACAGCGCGUCCAAGGCGCUCAACAGCAUCCUCAUACCGGCGCAAAAACAAGAGGCCGCUGCAAAUCGGGUAGAAGACAACAGUGCCAACGUGACCCAGAUGGUGACAGUGCUGCCUGGCGUGUCGACGGGGAAGGCGGGACCCAGCCGGGGGUCGCUGGACACCAGUUCUUCGCUGUACAAACUCUAUGAGAAAGAUCUGAAAAAGAGGGCUCAGAUAAUAGGCUCAGUAUCAGCUGGAGCCAACAAGGAAAUGCAGAACUCCUCCCAGGAGAGCAAGAGGGAUCCUGAGUAUGGGCCGUGUCGGCGGCAGAUGGAGAGCGUCCUUAACAUUCUUAAAGUCGGCAAUGUUCUCAACCCAAAGGCCGUCCACAUACCCAACUGUGACAAAAAGGGUUUCUACAAGAAAAAGCAGUGCCGCGUCUCCAAAGGACGGAGGCGGGGAUCCUGCUGGUGUGUGGACAAAUACGGGCAGCCGCUGCCCGGCUUCGACGGCAAGGAGCGCGGUGACGCACUGGGCUACAACCUGGAGAGCAAAGUGAGCGGCGGCGAAAGACGGAAGGACGCGGAAGGAGCCGUCUUUGCUCUUGCAUGUAGUUUUAUGUAAAACAUUUGAAGGAGCUCUGGACCUUUGAUUUCAGGUUCCACUUCUGAAGGGGGAGAGAAGAGGGGGAGGCAACCGGGAGGGGGAGGCUGGAGCUCAGCCUGGACGGGUCCGAGCCUCCUGUCAUCACUAUCUGUCCUGUGCUUAGGAAACCUCUGUCCUUUCUUUACAAACUAAGCUAAAAACCAGGAAGAAAGAAAGAUCCUGUCACCUGCGUUAUUCCCCAGAAAGACAGGAAGGGGGGAAAUCCCAUUCUCCCGAAAGUGGACUUGUACAUGAGCCCCCAGCGCACCUUCACCUUCUGUCGUGUUCGUCUGUCUGCGUCCUGAAGCCUGGACGCCUGUGUUACAUACACGCUCGUGUGCACAGCUGCAUGCCUGUGAGCCAGUGAACGCCUCCCCAACAGUCUUUCUUUGUGUAAAUACAUGUGUGUGAGCUCAGACUGUCCUGCCCCCAUAAACAAUGCACAUACAAACACUCAGGGCUCAGGGUCCAUUGUGAAGUGAAGGAUGAUGGGACGGCAGGGCUCCGACUCCUCGUCCGGCGCGGCCGCCUCCGUCUCCAGCUGCGCAGUCACGGUGCCUUAUACGAACUGCUCUCCAAGCCAUCAUCAGCUUUUAGCAUCAUCACAUACAAACACUGUCCAACCAAGACUUGAAAUGUGGUUCUGGAAACUGAACCUGUACCUGGUACCUGUGCACAUCCACAGUAGAUAGGUUCCUAGUACACGGCCACGUGAGGCUACAGUAUUUGAACAGUGUAGCAGUUUAAUGCCAACGUGCCAAAGCGUUCACCUGGUUGUCACUCAGCUGCUCGUUCCACAGGUUCCCCACCGCAGGAGAACCAGGCAGAUCACCAGUGGGAUGAGGUUCCUCCCUGGAAACCUCAGUCAUUUCCCUCCAUAUUAAUAGCAGCUCCCUGAUACCCACAAAUUAUAUACAAUAUCCUGGAAAUCGUUAGUUUCCUCUCUUCCCGCUGGAAGUGAACCUAUAAUUUGCCUUUGUGUGCAGGCUUUACAUUAAGAAAUAACAGUGUUUGCAUAGACAGCGCAGCGUCAGUAGUCUGUCAGCAACGACAAUGGUGCGGUGUGAGGCGUUCAGGCACUAAUCAGAGCGCGGGUCAUCUGUGCUUCCACUUGUGAGUGGAGGCCAAUUGGAAAAGAUGCCUCAUCGAGAACCUGAGCGGGUCAGAACCACUUUGACGGCCAUGUUCAGAAGGACUCGCGCUGCUUGAAUACGCGCAGAUUCUCUCGACCAAAGAUGCUGAAUUUCUGAAUGCAGCGCCGCACACGAGGUCUGCUGCUCCGGACCUCUGCCAUGACCCGUUCCUCUGCCACGACCCGGACCUCCGCCAGGACCCGGUCCUCUGCCAUGACCCGGUCCUCUGCCAGGACCCGUUCCUCUGCCACGACCCGAACCUCCACCAGGACCCGUUCCUUUACCAUGAACCGUUCCCCCGCCAGGACCUGUUCCUCUGCCCUGACCCGGUCCUCUUCCACACCUCUCCUGCAUCCUCGCCCCCUCCUUGUUCUGCUCUGGUGCCUCGACCCCUCGUGUCUUCACCAGAACCUCGUCCCUGUCUGUCGCUGUGCCUGACCAAGUCCCUGUCUCCAGCACCGCAGCUCUCUGCCCACCUUCAACCUGGUGUAGGCUUGUUUGUGUGGAGAACCCCCACCCCCCCACCGCCACAGGUGCCGGCUGCCCCCAUGCUUCAAGCACAAGCACUUAAAGCACUUUAGCUGCGCCGCUACUCGUCAGUGCAUGCAGUUAAAGACAAUUGGACCUAUCUCCAUCUGCAUACCUUUCCUUGGAGGUAAUGUCAGAUGAAGCAGUGUGAUACUGUAAGAAAACAAUAAAAACAUAGGGAGGAUUAAAAACAGACAGACAGAAAGGAGCGAGCUCCACCAGGACGUCUGACAGCGAACUUAGCGAAACCCCUCAAAGUCUCCGUUCAAUGCAACGCUUCUUUCUUUGUUGCUGUUGUUUUUGUGUCUUUGAAAAGCGCUCGUGUGAUCGCACGCCAACAAAUCUCCACGAGGUGGACGCGCAUUCACCGGCGUGGCAGGGGUCCGAGGGAGGAGGAGCUUCCUGUCCGAUGCUCUCCCGCAUCCUGUGUAAAGACUUGAAACGUGGGGAGAGAACGAGGCCGACGAAGAGGCUCAGCCCAGUAGCUGGUAGCACAGAAUGGGCUCAGCCUGUUGGUGCUAAAUCCCAUCUGAGGAGGAACUCACUUAAACAAGUCUAAGCUAUUCCCUCCUGAAUAUGUGUGUCUUAUUAUUAUUAUUAUUAUUAAUAUUAUUAUUACUUCCUGGCCAGCUAUGUGUGUGAAUAGACGUCAUGUACAGUGCUUAAAAUAUUUUUGUAAUCUUAAAGAAUUAUAAGCUGAUCCAAACGUCUCAUCUGAACAGUUCAGUGACUCAGUAAAUUGCACAGUAAAGUCUAUGAUUCAGUGUCUUUGGGGGAUUAUAAUCACUAAUGAAUGUUUUGUUUUUGAAAUGAACCUUUUCCUUCUGUUCUUUAGCGUCGGUGAGCUCCGGGCUCUGGUCAGUUCAGUUCAGCCCAGUCUGUCAGAGCACAGCUCUGUAACCGUGCUUCCUCUUGUUUUCUGGACACGUUAAGGAUCGUUCUGUGUUUUGUUUCACUUUAAGUGUAUCUAUCAAAGAGUUUUUUGCUAUUUGAUUCAAGCUUUUCAUGAUGCUAAAUUAGAAAUCACACAUUAUUUUCUCUGAGAAAGAAAUGAUUUGAUUCACAAUAUAAUUUGUAUUUAAUGUCUUUUUAUAAAUAAAAGGUGAACACAU